CUCGACCGCAACAACGACGAACAGCACGGCCUCGACCGAACACUGAACGCCAGUGCGGGUGUAUUUUUUCUGCAAAAGCUUCUCUUCAAGGUCCUCGAGACUCGACAAUUUCGGAUUUUCCUUCUCCCGAACGGGCCUUCCUUGCCAAUUUUUCUUUUUCCUAUUCUCCGGUUAUACCGCAACCGAAGAAUCGAAGCAUCAGUCCGAUAACUUUUCUGGACUGACAGCAUUUGACUUUACGUCUUUAUCGACAUUUUUCCGAUUUAAAUCACAUAUAUCACAAUGGCAUUCGGUGGCCCUCGUGGUGGACGUGGCGGUGGCCGUGGUGCUCCUCGUGGAGGUGGUGGUGGCCGUGGUGGUAGAGGCGGUCUUGGUGCCGGUGGUCGUGGCCGUGGCGGUGGUGGCCGUGGUGCUCCCCGCGGUGGUCGUGGUGCCCCCGGUGCUAAGGGUGGUGCUAAGGUCAUCAUUGAACCCCACCGUCACGCCGGUGUUUUCGUCGCCCGUGGUGGCAAGGAAGAUUUGCUCGUCACCAAGAACCUUACUCCCGGAGAGGCCGUCUACGUCCCCGCUGAGGAGGAUGGCACUGUGACCAAGACCGAAUACCGUGUCUGGAACCCCUUCCGUUCCAAGUUGGCUGCCGGUAUCCUGGGUGGUCUGGAUGACAUCUACAUGCGCCCUGGCUCCAAGGUCCUGUAUCUCGGUUCCGCCAGCGGUACCUCCGUCAGUCACGUUGCCGAUAUCGUCGGACCUACCGGUAACGUCUAUGCUGUUGAGUUCUCCCACCGUUCCGGCCGUGACUUGAUCGGCAUGGCUACCCACCGCACCAACGUUAUCCCCAUUGUCGAGGACGCCAGACACCCUCUCCGCUACCGCAUGCUCGUCCCCAUGGUCGAUGUCAUCUUCGCCGAUGUUGCCCAGCCUGACCAGGCCCGUAUUGUCGGCCUGAACGCCCACAUGUUCCUCAAGGAGGGCGGUGGUGUCAUUGUCUCCGUCAAGGCCAACUGUAUCGACAGUACCGCCAAGCCCGAGGUUGUGUUCGCUCGUGAAGUCCAGAAGAUGAGAGAGGAGAGGAUCAAGCCCAGGGAACAGCUGACCCUGGAGCCUUUCGAACGUGACCACUGUAUAGUGUCUGGUAUCUACAAGCGCUCUGCAUGAAUUUAAGAAACAAAAAGAAUCCGGUGGUUUUUGCUCUUUUGUCUCUCUCAUGUCAUAAUUACUUAUGCUUCCCCUUUUUACGGCGUCGAGUGUUCCGUGAUCUGUUGCAAUUUUCUUCGAAUUUUUUCCUUGUGUGUCCUCAUGUCCAGGUUUCUUAGAUGUACUUCUUGAGUCAGAAAAUUUCGAGGUUUACGGUUUCUGGUCGUUCAAGAGUUUAGCUGCU